UACAAUCACAUGAUUUCUUUACACAUAUGAAUGCAUUCUUGAAUACAUUCUUUGAAUGCUUUUUUGAGAAUGACCCUUAAGGGUGGCACCGGCCAAGCCUGUGCAGCAUGCAAGUAUCAGAGGAGACGGUGCGCCUCUGAUUGUCCACUUGCACCAUUCUUCCCAGCUGAUCAACCAAAAAUGUUCCAAAAUGCACACAAGCUUUUUGGGGUAAGUAAUAUCUUGAAAAUACUUAAGCAGCUCGACCCGAGUCAGAAAGUUAUAGCCAUGAAGUCCAUCAAAUAUCAAGCCAAUAUGCGGGAUAAGUAUCCUGUCUAUGGAUGUUUGGUUGAAAUACAACAGCUUUAUUACCAAAUUCAAAUGGCUGAAGAGGAACUUCAUGCUACUCUUAACCAACUUGCUUAUUAUAGACAACGACAUCAGCAGCAGGAGAUUUCAUCGGCUAAUGAGUCAUUAUCGCGGUUACAAUUAGGCAUGGCACCUCCAGGUAAUGCAAUGACAAUUAUUAACCAGGAUAAUCCCCCACAAUAUGAUGCUGUGACAGCAUUGCCUAUUACCUAUUCAAAUAAUGACAACCCAUGUUAUAACACUGAAUAUUUGGAGGCGAAGGAAAAUAAUGUUGUCGAUUCUUUGUGGAUUCAACAACCGUAUAGUAAUGGCAACAAUUCCAUGGCAAUGCAAUCACAGUUGAGUAAUUCACAACAUCUAUCUGUUCAACAAGAGAGGGCUCAAGAUUAUGACGAAAUAUAUCCAUUUUUUGACACUAUAGAUGAUAGACAAUCCUACAUGGACUCCAAGGAAGUGUACGAGUCAAGCUCGGAAUCAUCAUUGAAAGAUACAAGACAAUCAGUCGAUCAAAUAGCCGAGAAUGAGCUAAAGAGUGCUGCAGCAUGUUUUAGCCUUACCAGUGUCAACUGAUAAAGCAAACAAAUUGAAGGAGAUACUAGCAGAGAGGCUUGGCCCAUUGUGAUCCAAUUUUUGUAAUUUUCAUAUAGAAUUCACCAAGUAUUCUAUUUUCUUUGUUACCUAAUGUUUUUAGCGAGUCGAACCAUGAGCACUUGAAUGAACAAGAUUGGAAUCAAGUGAUAUGGACGAUUGAAACCUUCGUGACUAAGAGAGACUAUGCUUUUGUAUUGGUUUUGAGGAUUGUAAUUUUCUCUCACAAUAAAUUUUCCUUUUUGUAAAAUUUAUGAUGAUUUCUUGAUCAUCAUUUAGUUAAUUAAAAAUGAAUACAGAUGAAUGUUCUAAACU